AUAAAUGUUCACAAGGUUGUCAUAUAGAAUACUCGCUCCCUCAGUCAGGGCUCUGAGGACGAAUUUAAUCAGCAAGCAAAGCUCACUGUGCCCCUGGCUAACCAAGAGGCAUUUCUCAGGACAAAUUUCCCCAUACUCUCGAGAACUGAACACAUGCUCAUCCUUUGGUUAUGAAGAGUACGACAAUGCUCUAUAUAAGGUAAUCAGUGACCAUAAAGCAGGCAACAAUGUUGAUAAGGCUGAGAUCCAGCAAGUCUUUAAUCAUGGUAAAAGACUUAUAAUGAAUGGAACAUUCCUUUGGAACAAACCAUCAAAUUGCAACGUUCCAACCAUGAUUAACCUACUUUAUCUUUGUAAUGCAUACACAAAAGAUUUUGAGCUAAUGACUCAGAUUAGUCUCCAUGUCUUUGAAGCAAUGAAUGUUAUGACACUCAAGCAGAUUGCUUCUGUGUGCAGAAUCAUGCUGACCCAACAAGAUUUAUUUUUUAGGAAGAAAUUUAGGAAUAAGUUAACCCAGAAGGUUCUUCACACAGACAUCAAGAGCAUCGAUGCUUCUAGAAAGCCAACCGAUUAUGACCUGACCUUUGAAGAGGCUGUGAAUGUCAUGAGAGCUUUUAGGAAUGUUAUCCAUGAUUAUCAGAUCUGGCUCAAAGUAGACCUCUUGAUUAAAAAUGCAUUUAUGACCGAUCCUAAUGUAAAGAAUAUGUCAAAAGAUGACUUGAUGGAUACUAUCAACACCUUAGCUUACAAGGAGGUUCAAAAUAUAGAUACGUGGCAAUUCCUAACAACCCACCUUGUUGAAUGUAUGAUGGCUGAUACCUUGAAUUUACAUGACCUAAUGAGUGCAUGUAUCUCAAUAAAAUCUGUAUCAGUGAAGUCCCCUGAGCUAUACGAGAUGUUAGUAGGCUACUUCUCAUACAAAGAAUACACUGUUGAAGACUUGUUAAAGUACAAGAACACAGCUAGGAUCAUUAAGUUCUUCAACUCUAUUGGAACCAUGCAUGGCAGCUGAAAUAAUGAGUACUUUUUGACCGUCAUGAGGGACUACAUCAGCCACUCAAUCAAUGACUUUGAUAGAUUCCAGGUCAAGAUCUCCAUGGACCUUUUCAAGUUCUUUGUGCAUUUUGAAGACGAGCAUUUGAAGAAUAUCCUAGCAGAAAGAUGGACUGAGUUAUAUUAAUAAUGAGACUUGGGAAGGAAAUUUUGUGUGAGUGGGAGUCUU